AUGGCGCCGACCAAGGGUGAGGGACCGGCGAUCGGCAUCGACUUGGGCACGACGUACUCUUGCGUCGGUGUGUGGCAGCACGACCGCGUCGAGAUCAUCGCCAAUGACCAGGGGAACCGCACCACGCCGUCCUACGUCGCCUUCACCGACUCCGAGCGCCUCAUCGGCGAUGCCGCGAAGAACCAGGUCGCCAUGAACCCCAUCAACACCGUCUUCGAUGCUAAGCGUCUUAUUGGAAGACGGUUCUCUGAUGCCUGUGUUCAGAGUGAUAUUAAGAUGUGGCCAUACAAGGUUAUUUCUGGCCCAGCGGAUAAGCCUAUGAUUGUAGUGCAGUACAAGGGUGAGGAGAAGCAGUUCUCAGCUGAGGAAAUUUCCUCCAUGGUUCUUAUCAAAAUGCGUGAGAUUGCUGAAGCUUACCUUGGAUCAACUGUGAAGAAUGCUGUGGUCACUGUUCCUGCUUACUUCAAUGAUUCCCAGAGGCAGGCAACUAAGGAUGCUGGUGUUAUUGCUGGUCUCAAUGUCAUGCGUAUCAUCAAUGAGCCAACUGCUGCUGCAAUUGCCUACGGUCUUGACAAGAAAGCUACUAGUGUUGGUGAGAAGAAUGUCCUUAUUUUCGACCUUGGAGGUGGAACUUUUGAUGUCUCACUCCUCACUAUCGAGGAGGGUAUAUUUGAGGAAUUUAAGCGGAAACACAAGAAGGAUAUCACUGGGAACCCCAGGGCUUUGAGAAGGCUUAGGACUUCAUGUGAGAGGGCUAAGAGGACACUUUCUUCCACAGCGCAGACUACAAUUGAAAUUGAUUCUCUCUAUGAGGGCAUUGAUUUCUAUUCCACUAUCACCAGAGCCAGGUUUGAGGAACUUAACAUGGACCUCUUCAGGAAGUGCAUGGAGCCUGUGGAGAAGUGCCUGAGGGAUGCCAAGAUGGAUAAGAGCACUAUCCAUGAUGUUGUACUUGUUGGUGGUUCGACUAGGAUCCCCAAAGUUCAGCAGCUGCUGCAGGACUUCUUCAAUGGGAAGGAACUCUGCAAGAGCAUCAAUCCGGAUGAGGCCGUUGCCUAUGGUGCUGCUGUCCAGGCUGCAAUCCUUAGCGGGGAGGGCAAUGAGAAGGUCCAGGACCUUCUCCUUCUUGAUGUGACCCCACUGUCUCUUGGUCUCGAGACUGCUGGAGGAGUCAUGACUGUGCUUAUUCCAAGGAACACCACCAUUCCAACCAAGAAGGAGCAGGUCUUCUCCACAUACUCGGACAACCAGCCCGGUGUGCUGAUCCAGGUUUAUGAGGGCGAGAGGACCCGGACUAAGGACAACAACCUCCUUGGGAAAUUUGAGCUCUCUGGAAUCCCCCCUGCACCUAGGGGCGUCCCUCAGAUCACUGUAUGCUUUGACAUUGAUGCCAAUGGUAUUCUGAAUGUCUCUGCUGAAGACAAGACGACUGGGCAGAAGAACAAGAUCACCAUCACCAAUGACAAGGGAAGGCUGAGCAAGGAGGACAUUGAGAAGAUGGUCCAGGAAGCAGAGAAGUACAAGUCCGAGGAUGAGGAGCACAAGAAGAAGAAUGAGGCGAAGAACUCUCUGGAGAACUACGCCUACAACAUGAGGAACACCAUCCAGGACGAGAAGAUUGCUUCGAAGCUUCCUGCCGAUGACAAGAAGAAGAUUGAGGACGCUGUGGAGCAGGCCAUCCACUGGCUGGACAGCAACCAGCUCGCCGAGGUGGAAGAGUUUGAGGACAAGAUGAAGGAGCUGGAAGGCCUCUGCAACCCCAUCAUUGCCAAGAUGUACCAGGGCGCCGGUGCUGACAUGGCUGGCGGAAUGGAGGAUGAGGCCCCCGCUACUGCUGGCGGUGCUGGCCCCAAGAUUGAGGAGGUCGAUUAA